GGUACGGAGAGAGAGGGGGGAGAAAGGGAGGAAGCGACGCGGAUGACACGCACACACCCUCUCUUACUCACACACGGAGGAGAGGAGGGCAGUGAAGAAGAAGAAGAGCAAACAGAGGGAGAGGGAGGAGAAGAAGAGGAGGAGAGGGGAAAACCUGCGGAGAAAUGCCCGCUGAACGGAUGGAUUCUAUUUUCCCCGAGCUGCGCGAGCCUCUAUAAGAAACCAUGGGCUGCAUCGGAUCCCGCACGAUCACAGCGGAUGCGGUGCCGGUACGGAAAGAUGGAGAUCAGCAUGGUCGUGCCGAGUUUUCCUGGGAAGGAAUCAAUUUGUCCAUGGAGGACACUACUUCCAUUCUGCCUCGUCUCAAGAGGAAGUCCACCAACGCCUAUGGGAUCGGUGCCUUGGCUAAGUCCUCUCUGUCAGGUGUGUCAGGUGUGACGCGAUCCAUGAAAGACAAGGUGACCAAGCCCACAGCCAUGGCCCAGGGGCGCGUGGCUCACAUGAUAGAGUGGCAGAGCUGGGGCAAACCGUCGGCCGGGCCGCUGGGCGGAGCCGGACACACCAACCUGCAGAGGGAGAAAGAGAGGAGGCUGGAGAACGACGCCUACAGCGACCUGAGCGACGGGGAGAAGGAGGCUCGCUUCGCUGCAGGCAUCAUGCAGCAAUUCGCCAUCUCUGAAGCCACUCUGUUCGGCUGGAACUCGUUGGACGGGGAGAGCAUGGGAGCCGGCUCCAACCAAGGCAGCGUCGCUCACCUCAGUGAGGUCAACCAGGAAAGCAUCACCAGCAGAGACCAGAUGCUCCACUCCUCUGCAGACGUCUGGCCCCACACCUACGUCUCCCAAGGCCUGUACUGCUUGUCGUCCUCCGACGCCUGGGACCCCAUCACCAGCCAGCCUUCAGGUGUGGCCUCACCUGCCGCAGGCUCCUACAUCAUGGCUGCUGGAGGCAGCGGCGGCGCGUGCGGGACACCCGGUGAAGGGUUUGAGGGGACGGUGGGAGGCUUCAUCCAGCAGCACCAGGCCCAACUGGCCCUGCAGCAGCAGAGCCAGCUGCAGCAGCUGCAGCAGCUGCAGCAGCUGCACCACUACCAGCAGCAGCAGCUUCUGCAGUACCAACAGCAGCAACAGUCUAUGGAGCACAGGCUACACAGUGCUUCCCAUUCCCUUCAGGCCACUCCCAACAGCACCAUCCACAGCCUGGGACCUCCCACCCACCCGCGGCUCGCUGACCUGUGGGGAGCGGCGCAGGUCGAGGCUCACCAGGUGGAGAUCGUGGGCCAGCUGGCUGGACAGAUGGCUGACAUGGUCGUAGGGGUGGUGGAGACAGUCGGGGAGGAACCAGAACCUGAGGGAAUCCCUGAGCAGCAUGAAGAUGAAGACGAGGAGCUGACAAAGGUGGAAGAGGUGACACUAACCUUGGAGCCAGAGCCGUGCUCCUUGACGCCGUCCCCCCUGAGGGAGGACGCCUCCACCAGAGGCUCCAGCCCUGGAAUCCCAACACAGAGCGUGGAAUGUGCUGCGGAGAGGACGCCGUUCGACGUUGUGCCCUGCGUCGUCCAGUCGAUGGAGGAGAGGGACGAGGCGGCCGAGGAGGGAGCCGUCGUUGUGGUUGCGACCAACUGAAUCCUUCAGUCACAAAAACUGACAAAACAGGAAAUGAACACUCAAAUAAUCAACAAAGCUAUUACCACCCCCUCGUGACUAUUUACCAACUCUGCGCCUGAGGAGACUGACAGAAACAUGGGACAUAAUGUACACAAACUAUACGCCAAGAAGUCCCUCUGUCACCAUAGGCCACGAGGCAGACAUCACUUUACUGACUGCUGAGGUACAUAAGGCUGAGAUGGAUUUCUUAAAGUUUGGACCAAAGUGGAACCGGGACUAAAUCCUGAAUAGUAAACUAAUGAAAGGAGGUGAAGGAUGGGCCUAAUUUAACACUGCAAUACAACCAACAUGGACACAACCAGACCUGGGCUAAACAGUAUUUGCAAAUAAUUCUGAGUGGAACAAGUGUGUGUGACAUAAUCCAUACAGAAUAACCCAGAGCUAAUCCCAGAGAUGUCUGAUCUGCUGCUUUGGUUUAAUUGACAGCUUGUCUCUGUCCUGAAAUGCGCCAAACUAAUGCGACGCUGCACUUCGAGUUAUUUGCAAACACGUGAUCUGGACACAAUCAAAGGAAAGUGCAUGCUUUUUAACAGUGACCUAGCCCAAACAAUAUAACACGGUAUACCAAGUAAUAAUAUAUCAAAUUGCUUUUUUCUAAUAAAACUACAAAAUCUUAAAAGGACACGUAUUUGUAUGAAUGUAAGACUGUAAGUAUGUUUGUAUGAAUGUAGCUUUGUUUGUGUGAAAUAUAUAUAUUCUGGGAAACAGGA